UGCGGAAUUCAAUGUCGAUAGAAGAAGAUCAACUUUUUUACGUGUGUAGCAGCGUUUGCUGCAGUCGUACACCUGCUAUUGAGCCUUCACUAUGUGGAACCUGUCUAUUAAUGAAGUAUGACAGCAGAGAGAAAGUGUUAGUUCAGCUCUCCGCCAUUCGGUGUCUCUACUGCAGCUUUUCCCCGACACAAUCGGACCUCGAUAGAUCAGCUAAUGGCGCAGACUUCAAGACGUUUUCACUGGAAGUUGUACAUUUCUUCUCAUGUCAUUCUCAGAGCCUCUACCAUCUCCUGAUUGGGUACUUGGAAAGUCGUGACCAGUUUAUUAGUUUUGCUGCCAGCAAGGCUCUUAUAUAUGUGAUGCUGUACUCCGGAGUGGAGGCACAUGUGAUUGAAGAUAUUUUCAUCAAGCUUCAGGCUCAUAUAGACACUCAUGGUACAUUACACAAGCUGCUACAGUUACUAUAUUAUUAUAUUAUAUUCAAACACUUUCACACGUCUUGUAAAUGAUUUGUUACUAUAAUUCAAACACUUUCACACGUCUUGUAAAUGAUUUGUUACUAUAAUAUCCAAACACUUUC